CGGUGGCGGCAGCACUUGUACGUGACGCUAGGCUUGCCGUGAAUUUCUACAACUUAAUGACGUGUGUGUCUUUGUGAGAAAGACAUCAUCAUCGUCCACUCGAUAUAUAUACACAUAAUUCCUUGCCUUUUCCCUGUAUAUAUAUAUUGCAUUUAUAUAUUUUUACCGAUCAUCAGGAGAAUGCGAAGUUAAAAGAACAACCAAUGUACAGCUGAACAGCUAUUUCACUUAAUUCCUUACACAUAUUUCCUCUCCUCAUCUGAAUCCGAGAAGCAUGCCCGUCGAUAUCAUGUCUAGUUUGAAGCUUGAUGACAAUGAUGAAGAUAAUCAAGAUAAAAACAGAAAUACCUGUAAAAUUCCUCUAAAGAAACAUACGAAACCUGGUCCUGGAGAACACCAAUUGCAGUUCAAUUAUUCACUUUGGUUUUCACGUCGAACUCAUGGGAAACAAAAUCAAAGUUACGACCAGAAUCUCAAAUAUAUCACCACAUUUGCCUCAGUUGAACAGUUUUGGUCCCUCUACAGCCAUUUACUCCGACCAACAGAUCUACCAGGACACAGUGACUAUCAUAUAUUCAAAGAUGGUAUCCGGCCAAUGUGGGAAGACUCCGCCAACAAAGAUGGUGGGAAAUGGAUAAUUCGGUUAAAAAAAGGAUUAGCAGCUCGUUGCUGGGAAAACUUGAUAUUAGCCAUGUUAGGAGAGCAAUUUAUGGUUGGUGAAGAAAUUUGUGGUGCUGUGUUAUCGGUGCGAUAUCAGGAAGAUAUUCUGUCCCUCUGGAACCGAACGGCAAAUGAUGCAAUAACCACUUCACGCAUACGCGACACAUUGAAACGCGUCCUUAACUUACCUCCAAAUACUAUUAUAGAGUAUAAGAUGCACGUUGACAGUAUAAAGUUAGUUCCUGAAAGACUUAGAAUUCUACUGAAAUAGUUUUAUUUUCAUUUUAUUCUUUACAUUCAGUAGACAACUCCAGUUACAGAAAUACUGAUGUAUUUCUGAAAUGACAUUAUAAGAACUUCUGCUGAGCUUGAAAUGAUGCCAUCCUAGAUAUUGGACAUCUUGUUUCUGUAGCAGAGCGUUAUAGCUCUGCCGUAACAUUUCACUUCUUGCAUUCUUCCAUUCCCAAACAAUUUCUACUUGUUCUCCUUUCCCUCUUUCUCUUUCUCUUUCCUAAUAAAUUAUUUUCACUUGUGUCCAUUAUAAACAUAUUCUAUUUGUUAAUACUAAUUAAAUAAAUGCAUACAUGUACAAGAACAGUUUGCACAUAUUUUUGAAAUUCCCUGAUUACCUGGAAUUGUUGCUGUUUAGAUGUAAAGGUAGACUUAUUUUUGAUGUAUUUAAAAAGAAGAAAAAAAUAAUAAUAAUAAUAAUAUAUAUACCUGCAUCUUAAAGAAUGAGUUGAACACGGAAGAAAUUAUCUUUUAAACAUUUCUAAGAAAAGGACGGUAAAAAUGCAAAAAAUAAAAUGUUUAAAGCAAUUUUCGAAUGUCUGGACAUGUGUCAAGUGUGAUUCUUACCACCAAAAAUUGGGUCAGUUUUGAAGAAGAGAACCUCCUCCUAAAAUUAUUUGUACACCAAUUAAUUGCUAGUGUUGACACUGAGAUCUUACACAGUAUGACUGAAUAAUCAAAUUAAAAUAUUGAACUUUCA